AUGGUCCGUGCAUGGGAGCUGGUGCUGGUCACGGCUGCGGCGCUGCUGUGUCAGGCCGGCGUGUUCUACUUCCAGGCGUGGCGCUGCCAGCUGCAGCUCCCCGACACACCGGACGAUACGCUUACCGUCUUGGUCGUGACAGACGUGCAUUUGUUAGGCAAGCGGCGGCGUUCAUUCGUCGAGAGGCUAUGGGUGGAUUGGCAGGUGCGUGCGGCCGCGAGGGCAGCAGUAGACGUACACAGACCCGAGGUGGCACUUGUGCUAGGCGACCAGUUCGACGAGGGCAGUCGCUGGACGCCAAACGCAGACUGGGACGAGUACGCCGACAGAUUCUUCCGCGCCUUCGCGAGUCUCCUGCCUUUAAAGACACUAUACCUGGUGGGCAACCACGACACAUCGUUCGGUCGGGACAUGAGGCUCCAAGACGUGAAGCGCUACGAGGUCACGUUCGGAGCAGCGAACCGCAUAGAUGAGAUUGAAGGACACACCUUUGUAAGUCUCAACACGAUGGCGCUGGACUCGGACGUUGCUAGUCACGACGUAGAAAUAGAGGCAAGGAGCUUCCUGGAAAGCGUCAACUUUGAUGACCUACGAGCACGUACGCGUGGCAGUGUCAUCCUUCUCACACACCUGCCGCUUUUCCGCGUGGAUGACCUCCAGUGUGGGGAAGAACGGCUGCGCGAGGCAGGCCACGUCACGUACGAGGCCCCUGGCUUCAAGUACGAGACGCACCAUCAUGUGCUCUCGCGUGAGCUGUCUGCGAAGCUGCUGGAUAAGAUACAACCCGAUCUAGUGCUUUCAGGACACACCCACGCGUGGUGCGAGUACAAGCACCCCGAUUCCGUAGCAACGGAAUACACUGUCCCAGCGUUCUCGUGGGGACAGCGUCCCGACCCGAGCUACGCGGUGCUGGGGCUGUCGCGAGCCAACCGGCCUGAAGUGACGGCUUGUUACUUGCCGCAGGAGCCGUUCAUCUUCGCCACCUACGCUGCGACUGCUAGCAUCGUUGUUCUGGCUCAUCUCGUAAGACUCGUGCAGAGAUUGCGAAAGUUUAAGGCGGAGAAAACUAAGGACGCUUAA